AUGUUUGUUCUGUUUUUAAUAGCCUUGUCAAUUUUUGUGUGCCAGUGGAGAUGCAAGAACAGUAGGCAAAGCAACAUUUACUACAUAGAGUAUGAAGCAUCUGAACCUCAAGAAAUGGUGGAAAUUAAGAGGAAGCCGAUAGUGUUUGAAAUGGAAAAAGAAAAGAAGGAAAUUAAAAAAGAAACACCGAAGAAAACAGAGAUUGAAAAAGAAGAUCGUCAUAAUGUGGUUCAUCGUGAAAUUAAAGAAAAAACUGUAAUUUUCCGAGAGGAGACCAACGUAGUACAACGUCCUGUUACGCUGAUAAUAGAAAAAGAACCAGCGAGACCUUCGUCUCAAAAUUUAAGUUCACCUUUGAGUCCUAGAGAGUUGUUCUUUUUGGAUAUGUAUGAAUACGCAAAUAUCGCGAUGAGAAAUGCUACCGACAAUUUUCUCCAGAAGGAAAGAUUGCUAUAUGAUCCCAGCGGACCUGUUCAAAGAGAAUAUUCGGACAGUUCAAGUGAUAUUCCGGAAAUUCAACACGAAGAACAAUAUCGUACUGAUCAGGCUGUGGUCGAGCAGUCCCCUGUAAGAGUACCGUACCUACUACAUGAAACAUCUCCCGUUAGCGAGUUAGCUCCUCUUCACUCAAGAUUAUCGGAAAUAAUUCAUGAUCAAACCGAGAUUGAAGAACCAAAUAUUGUUCCUGUUAUCAAAAAAACCAAGCCGAAAAGACCGAAGGAAAGUUACAUAGAACUCUCGCCAGCUGAGGUAGAAUUUCCUCAAUUUGGUAUAAAAGUAUCAUCACCAGUCUGCGAGUCAGCUCCAGUUCGCUCAAGACCACUUAAAACAAUUCCAGAUCAUCCCGAAAUUGAAGAAAUAACUAUUGUUCCUGUUAUCAAAAAAGCCAAAGCGAAAAAACCGAAGGAUAGGGAGUACUUCAUAGCCAAUGUAGUUCCACAAGAACACUGGACGACUGAGGCUUAUUUAUUUGUCCAAGAUGAGGAAAAAGAACGAAAACCUUACACUAUUGUUGUAGAUAUGGAUGGAAGUGACUAAAUUUAUCUAGUGAAGUGUUUAGUAGUUUACGUUUCGCUUGUUUUAAAGCAAAAUAUUUAGAAAAUAAAGACAUGUCGC